GGGCUGAUUAAUACUCCCCACCUUUGCAAAGAUGUCCAGAUCCAAUCUCUAUGAUUAUGUUACUUACUAUAGCAAAAGAAAUUUUGCAGAUGUGAUCAAGUUGAGGACUUUUGAGAUGGGAAGAUCAUCUGGGAUUGUCCAGAUGGGUCUGGUAUGUCACACAGGUUGUUAGAGGUAGACAAUCGAAGGAAGAGAUAUCACCAUGAAAGCAGAAAAAGACAAAGCUAUUGAUGUAAAGAAAAUGGAUGACUUUAGAAGCUGCAAAAGUAAGGAAAUUCCACUGAAGCCUCCUGAAGGAAUCUGCCCUGACAGUGAUGUUAGCUCUAAAAGACUAAUUUUGGACUCUGACUUUCAGAAAUUCAGGAGAAUACAUUUGUGUUGUAUUUAAGCUAUGACGAUUACAUUAAUUUGUUUCAGUGGCAAUAGGACACUAAUACAGAAACUACCAGGAAAGUACAUGGCUACAUCAUGCUGCCUUUGUUAUUUAUUUCAAGUUGCUUUUAUGAGCAAAGCUUAUGUUACCUAGCAACAGUUGCUGAGAAAUAACAACUUAAUGCUAGCAUCCAGAAGGGAGCACUUGCUGACAUCUCCCCAAAUCCAAUGCCUGUGUCUUAUAUGAGAGGCUUUUAGUAUCAUUCGGUAGUGUUAGACAUGUUACCAUUAUCUAUGGUAAAUCAUUUUGUUUUUACCAGCUUCUAGUAUUAUCCUAAAAUCCUGAUCCUCUCCAGCUUAAAUGUCUAGCUUCUCUUAAAACUACUAUUGCUGAUCCUAAGAUUAUUUUAACUAAAUGGUAGAAGACAUCUGAAAUUUAACUAUGAUCAGAAAUCCAAAUUACACAAACUUUGUUUGCUGUGCUGUUUGUAAUAAAAUAAUUCCACCAGCUCCUUUUGGGAAAACCUUCAAAAGGAUCUAUGAAUACAAACCAUUUAAGACACGUUUUUACACUCACAAAGAUAUACUGGAUAUUGGAGCAGAUAUUCUGAAUAAAGCAGAAAAAUUUCAAGAGGAUGCUCUCAAAGAAAGCAUUGCAAAAGCAGAAGCUAAAGUGUGGAAUCAGGCCAAUGAACGCCAAAAAAAAGCAGUGGAGAAAGCACUUGAAGAUGCAAAUGCCAGACACAAAUUUCAAAUUCAAGUUUUGGAAGAAAAACAUCAAAAAGAUUUACAGGAAAUGGCAGAAAAAACAAAGACAGAGGUGUUUCAAAACAUGGGUGAGGAAAUGAAGAGAGAAAAUCUGGCUGUGGAGCAGCGCAUGGUUCAUCGAAUCCAAAGGAUUAUGAUGGAGUGCCACAGAGAGAAGAUCGAAGCUGUGCAGAAAGCCAGGGAGGAAGAGCGACAGAUCACCCAGUUAGCGCUCACAGCCCAGAAAAGCAAGAUCACGGAGGAACUUCUGAAGACUGGCAUAGCAAGAAUUAAAGAUCAGAAGGUGAACAUGGACCAGUUAAUAAAGGCAAGAGAACAUGAAAUGAAUGCUUACUAUGGCAUGGCUCAGAGGCAGAGGCAAGAAGAGGUACAACAGGUGCUUCAAGAAGCAGAGAAAACACACCAAGCCACUCUGGGCAAUUUGGUGGAUAAACUGGUUAAUACCCAGGGAGAGUUGCUGUCCAUAGCAAAGCAACUGGGAAUCAUGACAAACUGGAAAGAUUUUCUGGAAGAAGAAUUAGAGGAAACAAGAGCAGCAUUUAAAAAAUACAUCAAUUAUACUUUUCCUAAGCUUUCACCAGGACAUGCUGAUUUUAUUCUGCCAGAAAGAAAGAAAAUGCCUUCCCACCUAGUUACAAAGCAUGAAACAAUUCCAGAGUAGAAGUUUUCACCUGAAAUGUCUCUACUAAAGAUACAACAUUCAAAGACUGAAUAAAUUUACUCAAAACCAGUUAUUGCUCUCCAGUGUUAUGCAGGUUACUAUACACAGUGUAAACAUUUUGAUGGAAAACAAAAAUACUUAAAAGCACACAUCACAGGAUACAGCAAGUGCCAAAUCUAAAUGAGGAGAGAAAACUGAGAGCAAUCAAACUGGUUAGGAGCGGAAAGUGAUUCUUGGAGAAAGUCUAAACACCUAUCUUUAUUCAUUUCUACAUCAGAUAUAUAUAUCUGCUGCAGUUGAAAAUGGUAAAAGACCAUAUUCUUAGAUUUUCCCACUGUAAAAAGGUGUGCAACAUCCAGCAGAGAGAUUACUGGUGAACUGCAGUAGCAUUGUUUUUUAAAGGAAUUUCCCUCAUACUCAGUAAGACAAAUUUAAAUUCUAAGAGCCCUAUAUAAAUUAAUUCAGAAGGGACUCACUUUUAUUUGCCAGUUGUGAAAGAAAGUUUUAUCUCUAGAAAUCAAAUGCUCUGCUUCCAGGGAUCAGGAGUCCUUUUGUGUUUAUACCCAAACCUAGGGGUGUGUGGCAUUCAUUUCCUGUGGAUCAAAAUGCAGAAAAGCUUUAAGAACAAAAGUGCUUUGAGCAAAUACGAGUCAGCAUUUACUAACAUCCUUAUUCACAAACCUAUUUGGUUGUUUAAGGAUUAAAAAUGUGGAAAGCAGAUUUAAGUAAAUUAAAAAGUACUCUUCUUAAGUACACUUUAUGUGGAUUUGUUUACGUUGACCAAUGUUAGAUUUCCUAAUGAUAAAAGAAGCAACUUAUUUACCACUGCACAAUGGACUCCUCUUUAGUGCUUAGCUUCCUAUACUGCACUUCCCACUCACUGGUGAAGGGCUGGAUUUCAGAAUAGAGUUUUCCAUUGCUUUUUCAUGUCAAUUGUCCUCACAACAAUCUUUAAGAUAGGACAGAGAUUGAUGUCCUAUUUUUAUAAAUGACUAAACACCACCAUGUACUAAAAUAUGUGUAAUGUUAGUCACUUUAAAUACAUAAUAUUUAAUCCUCACAAUAACUUUUGAAAGUAAUCAUUGCUCCCAAUUUUUAAAAAAAGGAAAAACAAGACAUUAAAUAACUCUCCUCAGUACACACAGCUUACAAGAACCAGAAACCAAGGUAUUCCCAAGUUUGGCAGACAAAAGAAUCUUGAAGAAGCUUUCAAGGUUUUUUAGUAUUGAACAGACAGAAACAGCAGCUAACAGCAUGCUGAGCAUAUUAUGCACUUGAACUCCAUUUCCAUAGUCACCUUUUGGGGUAGGACUGAGUAACAGAUAUUUUAAAGUAGCAUAGUCUGGGUACAGACAUUAUAUCCUUCACUUUCUCAAAGUCAUACAGCUAAUUAGGUGCAAAGCCCAUGUCAGUCUCUGAGGAUAUAGCUCUUGGCCUGUGAUCAGCCCGCGUUCUGUUCAGCCUGGACAAAUGUGGUCCACACAUGUGUGUGCAUGUGUGCAUUGUGAGGACUGCCAAGAAUGUGAUCUGUCCUCUGUGUCAUGCACCAUAUUUAUCUCAUCUAAGGGUAAGAGGAUAUUGUAUCUUUUUACUGUUGCUGGAGUGACCCAGUAGUGUUGAGUAGCCAAGGGGAAAGGUCCACUAAAGAGACCAGCUUCUUGGCUGCAGUUAAGUACUGUAUCUCCAUUGACAUCUUUGACACAGUGAGUGAUAGAAAGCCCAGUCACUACCCUAAUUGUGAUAGUCAGUUGUGUCAACUUGAGUAAGUAAUGCCCAACUAAAUAUGCUCAGCAUAGCUCUGGGUGUGGAAGACCCGCCCUACGGAGGAUUAUCACCACAGCAAAGAAGGAAAGAUUGCUUCUGUCUUCUUUGGAGAAGCUCCGGUCGUCUUUGCUUUCACCUUGAUGUCAUCUCCUGGCUUCCAGCACAGACUCUUCAGCUUUCCUUACUGCCCCUUCAGACUUCCAGGGCAGACCCUUUGGCCUCCUGAUUCACACUUGCACUGGACACUACGCUGAGCUCCAGAACUUGACUGAUCCUUUGGAUCCCCAGUGUGCAGAUGUGGGAGCCUUACUGAUCGUGCCCAAAGCAGGCUAUAAAGAGUUAACCCCAAAAUUGGCUUGUUUUGAGAAGUGAGUCUGGUUGAAGCCUAAGUUCUGAGGUCAGAGUGACUCACACCCAAAUUCCAUUCCCACAACUAAAACCUUCUUAACGAGAAGGAUAAGGUUCUAAUUACAGCCCUAUAUUUUCUCUAUGCUGUUCCCAAUUUGAAAAUGAUCUGUCUACAAGCCUCGUCUGCAUUAAUAUCCAUAGCAACUGUAAGACUGUACAUCCUUGCAUAUAGUUCACCUUUACCCCAAUUUGAUUAGGAAUAAAAAUCAGUGGCUUGGACUGACCAGCACCUUUGCUGGUUGAGCCCUGGCUCUCUGUUUCUGUCUCUUUAGUUCUGUUGUUUAGUUUUUCUCUCAACACCAAGCAGAUCAGAGUCUACCGCAGGGGUCUCUGAUAUGCAAACAGGCCUUUGGUGCUCUUCCAUAUUUGACUCUGUGGGUGGCAUUGUAAGCUGAUUUUGUAAAUCCUUGCAUACUUAUAUGUCUUGUAUUAUAUCUGUUUCUCUAGUAAGCACUGACUGAUACACUAACUCCAUGUGGUUUCUGAUUAUAUUUGUCCCUUUAAUCUUUUCUUCUGAGGCAUUCUCUCUCCGGUCCCCUUUUUUUCCGAGAAUGACAGGUCUGAUCAAUAGACACCUGAAAUGACAGGAACAGAAACUACCUCAAGCAAAGACAAGCCUUGCAGGACAGAUCAUCCCAAGAGAGCAAUCACUCCAUGAUGGGAACCUGUGUGGCUGCCCCCCCACCCAAGCAGAAGCUGUUCUCAUAGUGGGAACCAAAUUGUGCCCUCCCCUCAAUGAGGGUUCUCGCAGAACCAGUUUUGAGAUAUCCAUCAACCAGACCACUGUUGAACUGGGAUUCCCUACUGUUACAUAGUGGUGCUGCCAGCUAUGCAAACCCCCAAUCUUUGCUUUUGUUUUCCUUUUCUAUUAAACCCAAGCGCUCUGUCAGCGCCUAGAAGACAGACCUUGAAUCCCUUUCUCUGUUCCUCCCAGUAUGGCCACACUGAUUAAAUCUCUCUUUCUGCCCUUCACCAUUGCUCUGCUCCUUAAGUGGUAUUUUAGGAUGAGUUGCUGAGCCUGGCCUUUUGGAACUUCCCAAAACUGGGUUUUGAACUAAAGCCCUGGUAACAGAGGUGAUAUGAAAAGACAGCAGAAAAAUUACGACUGGUUUGGCUAAAGGAAACUAGCUUCUUGGUUUUCAACCAGAUUGGAAGAAAUUAAUAUGGUACUUUGCUUCUAGUAUUUUCCUUGUUCAUACUCUAACCCCUGAUCUCAGUCAAAUCCCAAUCAACAAUUUCCUUCAUGUUUUUAAAAAUAAUUUGAAUGCUUCUGAGAAAGGAAAAAUUAGAGGUGUUGUUACUGUACUGAUUUCUUGAGCGCUGGCUCCUGCCAGCCGGAGGACUCCCCUGCCACUCGUAUACAGCCGCAGUGCUGAGUGCUUCGUGUUAUAGUGAGGCAGGAAAGGCAGGGCACGGCUAAGUCUGGCUGGGAAAAUAGAUUGCAAAAUCCUAGGACACAUGUGCAGAUGGACUUUUCAUAAGAACUGUAGCAGGUUUGAUAGGAUUACCUGGACAGCGAGGGAAAUAUAAAAAGAGACAGUCGCUAUUAAGUACUUUCUAUCAUGUCUCUUCACGAUGGCCCACCCUAUGCUAUAGAGUAUAUUUAUUUUUUUUCUUUUUUUCCUACUUUUACUUGACCCAAAUUCACUCCACAGAGCCUGUUCUUCCUGCCUUUAAUAGAUGUGAAAUCUUGCCACCAUUUUUUUUAUACUUAGUUUGACUGAUUCAUUGUUGGGGACAGAAAGAAACUAGAAAUCACUUCUAGAAAGAGACUACAGCACCCAGAACCCUGUAACAGUAGGGUGGUCACAAGGGACCCUAUCAGGACAGACCAACUUCAUCCCACGCUCCAUGGCCACUUACAGUAUUAUCUGGAGUCAGCACCAACACACAGAGGGGGAGAUCUUAUUUCAGUUCUCUUCUCAGCUCUACCUUCUCAAGGCCAAACUGAAGGAUCGUCUUUGUUCUUACCCAAGUCCUUCAGCUUAAUUUAAUCAUCUCAGCCCACAGCUCUCUUUUUAGCUCGAAUAUCUUCCAGAUAAUUACCCUUGAGAAUUAAAAUUCAAAGUGGAUGUGUAAUUUUCAUUAAAAGAAAAAAAAAAAACAGGGCCUCUCAGUUGUCUCCUGUUCCUAUGGUUCUGAUAAGGAUGAUCUUGAUGUAUAAAAUAAGAAAUAUUGGAAAAUACAGCAAUAGCCAUGUAUCGAGCAUCCACAGUAUCUGAUGUUAUAGUUGGCUCCAUAAUAACCCUUGUCUCAUUGGAAUCUCACAGCCAUACUACUCUUGCUCCCCGUUUGGAACAGAAGAAACUGAGAUUUAGAAAAGUCACCGGCUGAAGGUCACACGCAUUAUCCAUAACAGCAUAUCAGGCUGCUUUUAGUGUCUAAAUAUUGAGCAGGUAUCGAUGCACAGCUUUCAAAAUAUAUUGGCACUGCAGCAAGGAAAUUCUGAAAUAUUGUGCAGAACCCUGACCUUUCCAGUGGACAUGGAUGGGUGCCAAGAAUGAAGGAACCAGAAUGGACACCUACCCCUGCCCAAGUACAUGUACUCUCGUAAGUGAGCCUGAGGGAUGUGAAUGCAGGGAAGGGUGAACCCUGCAGCGCCAUGCUAACAUCAAGGACAGAUUUCUCUGACGGGAUCCAGGAGAGAGAGCGAUUGCCCGGUAGCUCAAAGGUUGAGAAACUCAAAAUGAAAUGAAAAUUUAAAGUGAGUGGUAAGUAUAAUUUUGAAAUCUUGGUGAGAUCCUGACACUGUGUUCUACUAAAAUGACUGGGACUAAGAUUAAAUCAGGCUUUUCUCAAAAAGAAGUAUUCCUCAAGUGAGCCAGUUUUCAGCAUAACUUAAGAAAAUACAAAUAACUCUCCUGGUACCAUUCACUUUGAGUACAAUGAGAGAAGCAAUUGUAAACUUUAGAUACUAAGCUCCUUGUAAGUUACUAUAAUUGCAAACUGUUAUGGUUUAUAUUUGGAGGUCUCCCCAAAAUCUCAUGUGCUCAAUGGUGAGGAUUUGGGAGGGGAUUGGAUCAUGGGGUCACAAAACUCAGUCGAUUAGUUCUUUGAUGAGUUUAUAGCUAAAUGUUUUGUUGGGAGGUGAAACCUGUUAGAGAAAGGUGCUCAGUGGGGUCAUGGCCUGAGUGCAUCUUCCUCCCUCCUCUCUUCAUUUCUGUCUGUGUCCUGCCUGCCAUACCUCACUGGAGUUCUUUCUCCUCUGCUAUGCCCAUUUCCUGCACCACUCUGCCUUGGAGCCAGCCAACUUUGGCUCUAUAGACUGAGCCAAAAUAAACCUUUCCUCCUCAGAGUUGUAAGUGUUAAGUAUUGUGUCUUGGUGACUAGAAAGUCAUGAAGACACAAACAUUUUGGUGACUUACUUUAGAGAGCGCUUAUAGACAUGUAUUUUCCUCAGUUGUCUUAGAUGCUACCUGAAUAAUCUGAGUAUAUGCAGUUCUUAGGUCUUCUGAUAACUAGGGACCUGAAGACCAUCUGGGAACUCAACCUGAGAACUGUAAGAAAUUCACUGCAGUUUAAUUUCUGGAUGUUAUUCUACCAGAAAAUGAACUUUGUUUGUUUUUUUGGAGGGAGGGGGCCUUUGUACUGGGAAACAAAUGUAUAGCAUCACUCAGACAUAUGGAGAAGUCCCCCUCCCAGGCACAAAGCACAGGGGGUUGUACUGCUUAAUAAUAUGUGGACAUUUAUGUUACAAAGAAGUCCCUUUGAUAGUUUCUCUAACCCUCCUUCUAUGACCUACUAAAUCAUUCACACUCCAGCUUUUAUUUGCACUGACAAGAUGUAGACACUACAAUAUUUGUAAAACUUAGGCUCUUUUCCAGAUCAGAGGAUUUCAAUAUUCUGAUACCUCUAAUAAAAAUCUUCUUUGUCCUUGGCUAAUUUUAAGAGCUAAUACAACAUCUGGGGUUGUUCUAGGUCAGGGGAAUAUAGAAAGGAAUGUAGCUGGCAAGUGUUUUGUUGAUUAGUCAUCAUCCAGAGACAGUUAGACUGUAGAGAUAAAUGCAAGUCCACUGCAGGUCCUGUCUUCUGUAUGUUGGCAGGGGAGUAAGUGUGACAUUACCAAACACAUGAGUCUCUCCAGUUUGAAGAUUUAUUUUUUAGGAUUUGUUAUCCCUUCUUUUUGUUGAAAUCUUUUUCCUUCUUCCUCUUGAAAAAUGAUUAUUGUAUCUUCCAUCACUAAAAAGUUUAUUCCUUUUUUCACUAUGGAGAGUUCACACAAGGCAAAAAAUACAUUAAAU